GAAGUUAGAUCAGAUAAGCACCCACUGCAGCAAAGUUUGUUUCCGUGACAUGGAGAAGGUCGCGAUCCUGCUGGCAUUGUUUCUUGGCUUGUGCGUGUCACAGCUCCGGGGUUCAGCGGCUCAGCAGUACUGGACGCCCGCCAACGCGACGUUCUAUGGUGGGAGCGACGCGUCCGGCACAAUGAACGGGGCGUGCGGGUACGACAACCUGUACAACGACGGGUACGCAACAAAUUCCACGGCGCUGAGCACGACGCUGUGGGGCGACGGCAAGUCAUGCGGUGCGUGCUACGCCAUCACCUGCGACACCUCGCGCACGAAAGACUGCAAGCCCGGGACGUCCAUUACCGUCACGGCCACCAACUUCUGCCCGCAGGACUACAGCAAGCCCAACGACGCCGGUGGCUGGUGCAACCCGCCGCGGCAGCACUUCGACAUGUCGGAGCCCGCGUGGGAGACCAUCGCACAGUACAGGGCCGGCAUCGUCCCCGUCAACUACGCCAGGACGACGUGCAGGAGGACCGGGGGCAUCCGCUUCACCAUCACCGGACACGACUACUUCGACAACGUUCUCAUCACAAACGUUGGCGGAAGCGGCGCCGUGUCGGCGGUGUCAGUCAAGGGCUCCGCCACCAGCUGGACGACCAUGAGCCGCAACUGGGGUGCUAACUGUUAGCAAUAAUCUUGCCUA